UUGUGUUUUUCUCUUCUGGGUCGGUUUUUUAAUGCUCAGAAAAUAUAGGAAGCGAGAAAAAAUUAAUUUUUUUUUUAUUUGGCUUUUCAAUUUUUAAAUGGUAUUCUAAUCUGUGUUGUUCCGUUUGUGUAUAAUGAUUGAAACUUAAUGGGACAGUGACUUAGAAUCUGAGAUUAUUGAACAAUCUUGUCUAGUAGUUUUAGAUUAUAAUCAAGCUCUUAUACACUGUUAUAUGUUGAUGACUUUAUUUAUCCCUCUAUAAGAAUCAACAUAUUUGUAUAUUAAUUAGUAUAUGUACAUUUUGGUGCAUUUGCAUUACUAAUAAAAUUAAAAGUAGUGUUACAGUAAUAAGCUAGCUUGUUAUGUCAGAUCUGAAUGUGAUCUGAACUGUUUUAGCAGUAUGCUAAACAAGCAUGAUUUUGUGAUACCAUCCAACUUAACUGUCUUAUGUAUAUGGUGUAAAAUGGGCAAGUAGUUUUAGGAUUUUAAUUUUAAAAUUUGAGUUUUCGAUUUGGGAUUGUUUGUUAUUUAUUAGGGAUUUUAUCCUAUUUUGGAUUAUCUUAUUUUAGUAUAGAAUUGGGUUAUCUUAUUAAGGUGUUUGGUUGUUUUGGGUUUAUAAAUAGGCUAUCAGUGUAAAUAUUUGACACACCUUUUUUGCAUAAUGAUAUGGUAUUGUGAUUUUCUUUUCUUCAGAGAGCAUAUGAUACCCUUGUUAGAGAAGUACUCUGCCGUAGGGGAGUAUUCUAGGUUUAUUAUUCUACAUCAGCAUGGUUUGCAAAAUUGAGGCUCCUUGAUAUGAUAAAUCUUAAAACAUGUGAUUGAAUUUUAAAAAGUGAUAUUUUGUAGAAGCCCCUUUGCUUUUUCUUUUUUUUUUUGGAGCAUUAUUUUGUCAGUUAUGAUUUAAUACAUCACUUGCACAUUUAUAGCAGUGGUUCUGUUUUUGCCUCCUCUUUUUUUUUAUAUAGGAUCUGCAUGAUCUUUUUGUGGCAAAAUUUCUCUUGUAUAGUCUUCAAUGCUUGUUGUUGGUAAAUUGCGUCUCUGCUUGCUUUUCUUCUUAUUACUGUUCUUGUUAUUCUUAUGUUCUAGAUUUAUGCUUAAAAACAGAAUUUAUCUGUUGCUUGCGGCAGUUCCUGCAUUCAUCUGAAAAGUACCUGUAUAAGUUGAUAAGAUUCUUGGUGGAGAGGAUUUCAGAGUUGUCUGAAAGUGCUAGGGUUGCUAACCAUAAAUUACAAGUGCUAUAAACACACUAAGAGAAGAUAACUUAAGAAGCUCUUUCCAGGACUCAACUGAAGAAGCAGAUGGUGAGAGGGUAGUUGGUGAUUAUUCUAAAGUUGAAAGCAAAUUAAAUGAUCUCGGAAUGGAGACUCAGACACCUGGAACAGAGGGUACCAAGUGUGACACCUCUAUCAAUCAGGCCAACAAAGAUGAAUCGAGCUCCAGGGUGGAAGGUUUUAUCAAGGAUGAAGUGAAUUUUGUAUUAAAUGAAAAGGAAUUGGCCGAAGGACAGGUUGAUGCUGGAAGAGGUUCUUUUGAAAAUGAAGAGAAUCCUCCUCAUAUUGGCGAUGAACAUUCGACAGUCUUGAAACAAAAGGAGAAAGAACUCAUUGAUGAAGGAACUGUAAGGACUUCAGAACUAGAGCAUCUUGAACAAGAAUUGGAACUGAUGAAGGCAGCUGCGGAAAUGGCAUUUGAUAACCAACAUUCUGUUGACUUCUACAUUGACCAGUUGAAUGAACAACUACAAGCUAAAAGGCAUUACCUUUUGAAAUCGGAGUCAGAAUGGGAUGCUGUAAGAAAACCCUUGGAAGAGAGAAAGAGAAGUCUCGACGAGGAUUCUCUAUGUUCAAACAAUCCAGAUGCACAAGAAAUGCUCCAAAAGUUGAGAGAAGUGCAGGAGGAAGAGCAAUCCAUUUUAUCUGAAAUUAUAAAGAGGGAGGAGGAACAUUCAAAACUUUCUGCAGAUCUUGAGAAACAGCAGAAAGUGGCAUCCAGGAAAUCCUAUACUAAUCGGAUCAAGGAGAUUACAAAAAAUAGCCGGAAACAAGAUGCUGAUAUUGAGCGGAUCUUAAAAGAAACUAGGGAGGUUCAAUUGGAGAGUAAUUCUAUUCAGGAACGCUUGCAUCGGACGUAUGCUGUUGCAGAUGAAAUUGUCUUUAGGGAAGCAAAGAAAGAUCCAACAGGACUGCAAGUUUAUAGGCUCCUCGUUAGCAUCCAUAAAGGUUUUGAGCAAAUAUCUGAGAAAAUUCUGGCAACUGAUAGAGUUAGAAGAGAAGUAGCUGAAUAUGAAAUGAAACUGGCAGCCACGGCUUCGAAAAGCUUAGAUGUGAGCAAACUUCAAUCUGAUCUUGAUGCCAUUGUUAGGGAAAAUAAAAACCUUGCAUAACAGUUACAGGUAAGUGAAGUUGUUUCAACAUCUAUUGGAAAUUGGCAGCCACAGCUUCCAGAACCUUAGAGUGAGCAAGCUGCAAGCUGAUCUUGAUGCCAUUGCUAGGGAAAAUGAAAACAUUACAUAACAGUUACAGUAUAAGUGAAGUUAUCUCAACAGCUCAUUGGAAGCAACUAUUUCUUUCGGUCAAUUACCAUUCUUUCCUGUUUUGGGGUUUCAAAGUUCUAUACAUGAACACGUUAAGAAUUUGUUUUUUCUUUUUCUCAUUGGUUUGAGUGAUUGACGGAAAUAUUCAUGUUUGUCUUUGGGUUUUGUUCAUUGUGCUUUCUACAAGCCUUAAAUUUAUUCG